CUGUGACAGAGAAAACAGAAAAAACAGAGUUUAUAAAACUGGUUGUUUUUGUUCUUCCAGAAUGCGUUUCCUUGUGAAGCGAUGGCACAAAGCGACAGGGAUGAGCUCCACAACCUCCUGCAGCAUCAACAAGAACGGAACAGGACAGACUUUAGGUUCAGAGGUGAGGGACUCGCUGUAUCUUCAUCCAGGCAAUGUGGAGAUGUACAGAGAAAGAGGGAGUGCAGGAGGAGGAGGAGGAAUCUCCAGCAGCAGAGGAAGAAGUGGACGUGAAUCCCCGCGAUCGGCCGCCUCCUCCAUACAUCCCAGGUAUCAUCUGGCCGGAGACCACGGACCUCUCACCUGUUCCCACCUGCAGAGCUACGAUCCCGACCGGGCGCUCACCGACUACAUCUCCAGACUGGAGGCUCUGCAGAGGAGGCUGGGCAGCGUCACAUCAGGUGCUUCUUCGUAUGCUCAAUUGCACUUUGGCUUGAGAAGAUAAAUGCUGACAAGUUAAACUUUGGCUUGAAGAAACUCAGUUGCCUUUUCUUGUGCUGAGCGCUCUGCUGUUUUCUAUCAUACUGGUGUGGACUGUAUCUUCCCAUGUGGACCAAAACACAUUUUUUUAUUAGUGUACGACAUUGUAUCAGGCUUUUUGUCGCCAGCACUUGAAAAACAGCUAUGUUUGUAAUUUAAUCUGCCUCUUUGUUGUGGAUGAUCUACAAUCAUGUAUAUUUGUCUGAUGCUAAUUUAAGACUUUGUGAUUAAUUUAUAUGUUUGUGUUGUAUGGGUGGAGCGUUCUGUAGAGAAUGUUUGGGUUUACUGUUAAGGAGGCUGCUACUGGAUAUCCUACACUACACUGUGUUUUGUUUAGGCUGGACAGACUACAGAGGACAUUUGUAGAGAACGUAUUUUUGUAAAGCGUAGGAGCUUUGAAUUUUCUGGGUAUUUUGUCAAAAACUGAAAUAAAGAGGACUACAUUAUAUGAAA